ACAUCCCCAACGUUGUGGUUCUAAGUUAACGUUGAGUUUGUAUGAGAAUCGAUGAUUUAAAUUUGGAUAUCUACCACGAUUUGGCGGGUUAUUUAACAGUUGAUCAGAUCGUCGCUUUGCGCUCCUGCUCUAAGCAGCUGCUUGCACUGGCUGAUGAUGUCUUCGCCGUUGGAUACCUCAGCAGAAACAAGCGGAAAGUCUACUACGAGCGCGAGGAUAGCGAUUUAAAUAGAAUGCUUAGGCAGGAUUUCAUAGACACAAACUGGGCGUCCAUGCACUUCCACUCCACACAGCUUCUAAGCACUCAAUCGAGCAUUCCUGUUUUGGUAACUCACAAACACCUCCUCAUACUCGGAUCUCGCUCAGCCGUUUUCGUCUGGGAUAGACGAUGCAGCCGAUAUAUACGCUUCGUUAUCGCGAACAACAAGGCGAGUUUUGACAUAACGGGAUUGGUUGUUGUUGAAUACGUUGGAAAUACAGUCACCUUGAUAACCUCGCAUGUCGCUGGUCUUAUACAGCGCGUUGUUCUCGAUUUGCACACCCGAAAAGCCCGGCAGAGCGCGAUAUACACACCUGGUAAACCAAUCACAGAGGUGAACAGGACUCGAAACGUGCGAACGUUACAAGGUAAUGCUGAAAAUGUGAUUAGCGCUGGAGAAAUUGGUACUCUCUCGAUAUACAAACCGAAGACACCAUGGCUUCAGCCGGAGACAGUCAAUGUGAACACUACGAGACUCUGGGGAAUUGAUGCUAACUAUGUGAAUAACUCUGUAGCAGCAUCACAUAAUUACAGUCACACUACUCGAUCUUCAAUUUCGCUCUUUAACUUAAAUCAAACGAGAAUCGACAAUGCAGGGGUGCUGAACACUCCGGAUAACGUCUCAUCAUUCACGAUAACGAAUGGACACACCACAAAUGGCGUUCUUGCCUCACCUGAUAUCCUUAUCGGAGGGUUUUAUGACUCGACUGUGCGGAUAUACGAUUUAAGAACAGGAUAUAAUCAGGUGGCAUCCUACGAAGAUGGACUGGACAUACAACCUGUAUACUCACUCGAUGUCGGCGGAGGACACGAUUCGUACAUAUGCGCAGGAUCAGCCCUCUACUCUCGCCUGAGAGUUAUAGAUGCAAGGAUGACCGGUGAUUUUGCACAUCAUAUAUUCGCAGCUCACAGCUCCGAGCGUUCAUCACCCGUAUAUCAGCUCAAGGUCAGCCAUUCACACUGCUACAUCGCAACGGAUUCAAAGGUCCAUGAAUUAGAUUUCAGUAGGCGUAAUGCUCACAGUCAGUUUCCAAGUAUAAGGUGCUAAAUUACAUGAGGUAGUCGUUAAGACGUUUAAGCGAUACACGAGAAGGAUUACUAGAGGGAUAAACAUUGAUCAGCCACUGGAGUCGCAUAUUAAUAGCCGUUUUAGUGACUGUAAAAACUUAGAUUAAACAUUUCAGAUAAACACCACCCACUAUUCGUGUUACGCGAUAUUUUCUCGCCAUUUUCGUCGAAAAAGAGUGUCGCUAUCGCUACACACACGACUGACGCAAGGUCUGUACCGCCAUUUGCAUCGCAGAUCGCCACAUGACCACCUUUGUUCAAUUCCCGCUCGAUAAAGUCGACUAUAGAUGGUAAUUUCGCCAGAAAUUCCUUCUGUGCUUGUUUAGAUGAUUUCGGUAGAGUUAUAUGCAUGGUGUUCUUGCUUCUUGAUGGGGGGUUAGGUGUGAGGGCGACAAAUGCAUCGUCUUCUGGCACUCCAGCUUCGCUUGAGGAGGGGUAUAUAGCGCCUUUGAGGAAAGUUCUGUUUGCGCUGCCAACAUCCUUGGUUGAGUGAGUCUGCCUUUCUGACAUUAUCUCUACAAUACAUUCGUUGAGCAUCUCACUUGAGCAGCUGAGAAGCUCAUCUUGGUUCUCCCAAAAUGCCUCUGGUGUCAGUCCCUUAGCCCAUAACUCAUGAUCAUCACCGCUCCCUUGGACGUAUUCUCCCCAGGAUCGCCUUUCAAUCUGAUCGGGAAUAUAACGAGAUGCCGAUACACAUAAUAUCGGAUAAAAAUCCAGCGUAGAUGUGCUGAAAUCUGGCAAGAAUUGAGUUUCUGGGUGUAUGAAAAUAGGCCUUAGCGGUUUGUCCAACCUUUUAUUGAGCUGUAAAGCAGAGUUCACGAGCCAUUCCCGCCAUGUUGGAAGCCCAUCUUUGAUAGCUUGUUUCUCAGAUUCCGAUAUCGCAUUUGGAGGUGUAUACAGGAGAUCUUCUGCUGGGAUACCCAAAACUGCUGAGCUAACUACCGCGCACCAUAUUGGGAUAGUCUUUGAUAGCGCGUCUGGAAAUCGCUGUCACCUGUCAAAAUGUGGCUAUGUUUGGAAAAAUUUGACUCACUUUCCCUCUCCUGGUGGAGUCUACAAUGAUGAGGCUGUUGAGUGUUAGUGAUACGACAUAUUAUUACCAGCACACACCCUUUGCACUCGAGAAUGUGCUCGAUGAGGUGUAAAUUUGGUCGUCUGAGCGAAAAAGACCAAGCGUUUGUGUGACCAUCUGUGGAUUUGAAGUAAGCGUAGAUAUCUGGUCUG